UGAGUGACUUAAACCCCCCAGCAUUUUGGAUCAUGCACAGACACGCACGCUGAUCUUAAAACCCUUCAAAGUUUCAGUUGCGAGCUGAUAAAAUUGAUACAAACCAGCAGAAGUAGCUCGUUUGUCGCCCAAUCCCAAAUGAGAGGAGCUAUAGGAAGAAGAUUACCCAGCCUCAGCAAUUACAGCAUUACCAUCGGUGCCAAGCAGAAUCCUUUUUUGAUCCAAUCCUCCUCUUCCUUUUCCACCUCCUCCGGUUCCGGUCGUGGACGUGGUCGGAGCGGCGGAGGAUCUUUUUCGGGCUCGGAUAAGUUCGAUUUCUCUCGGAGUCCAGGAAAAACAGCCGACUCGGACGAGUCGAAAAGCGAAUUGAUCGACUCGUUGCCUGCUGGAAUCGGUCGUGGCCGUGGCAAACCGCUUCCCUCAGAUCCUGUUCUCUCUUCAUUUUCUUCAUUUCCGUCCGUCAGACCACCUGGUCAUGGGGCUGGACGCGGCCGUGUCGCUACCCACCCUGCCGCGAGUCUUCCGCCGGCACCACCACCACCGCCUCGAAAACCUAUUUUUGUAAAGAGCCAGGAUAUCGAUUUUGACGCCGAGUCGGCUCAGUUGGGUGAACCUAGCUUACCUUCAAGUGUUCUUUCGGUACUCCCCGGAGCUGGAAGGGGAAAACCUAUAAAGGAAUCGAGCUCCACUCCGCAAAUGAAACACGAAAACCGGCAUAUCCGGAGAGUUGAGCGGGUCAAACAAGAAGCUGAGCCUGGCAAAGAACGCCAGACAGUACCCAAAUUGAGCAGGGAGGAAGCAGUGAAGAAGGCGGUAAGCGUCCUGUCGCGCGGUGACAAUGAUAGUGGCAGUGUUAGUGGCGGUGAAUUUAGGGGUAGAGGGAGGGGUGUGAGAGGAAGAGGAGGAAGGGGAGGUAGAGGAAGAGGUAGAUUUACCAGAGACAACAGAGCGAGGGAGGAGAAUUUGGAAGAAGAAGAAGAAGCGGAGAGCCAAUUUCUGGGUUCUAAUGCUGAUGGUGAGAAGUUCGCGAAGAAGUUUGGUUCUGAGGUCAUGAACAAAUUGACCGAAGGGUUUGAGGAGAUGAGUGAUAGGGUCCUCCCUACUCCUUUGGAGGACGUGUAUCUUGAUGCAAUGCAUACCAACUUUUUGAUAGAGUUUGAGCCAGAGUAUCUGAUGGAGGAGUUUGGUACAAAUCCAGAUAUAGAUGAGAGACCACCUAUUCCACUUCGGGAUGCUCUUGAGAAGAUGAAGCCAUUCUUAAUGGCAUAUGAAGGAAUUCAAAGUCAAGAAGAGUGGGAGAAAGCCAUUGAUGAAGUCAUGGAGAGAGUACCCCUUCUGAAAGAGGUUGUUGAUCACUACAGUGGACCAGAUAGGGUUACUGCGAAACAACAACAACAGGAGUUAGAAAGGGUUGCAAAAACAAUUCCUGAGAGUGUACCUGCUUCUGUAAAGCGGUUUGCAGAUCGUGCAGUUCUUUCUCUUCAGAGUAACCCUGGUUGGGGAUUUGACAAGAAAUGCCAGUUCAUGGAUAAACUUGCUUGGGAGGUCUCUCAGCACUACAAAUAGAAAGUGCAGGGAACUGCUGCCAAGGACCUGAGAUUGUCAGGUGAGGCAGAAGUCGAAGCUGAUAUGGUGUUAAGGUCCAUGAUGCUUGAAUUACACUUUAGGUUGGGAGGAUUAUUGAUUAUAGGUGAUCCAUGGUGUCCAUAUUGGAAAAGUGAUUAGGGGAAAGAAUAUAGAAAUGUGGAGAAGUGACGAAUAUGGAAAUUGCUGAACCGAUUUGUUGAUGGUUUACUUAAAUUUUAGGUUCUGAUCUUGAGGAAAAUAAACAAUGUCCAUAAUUAAGCAGGCUACUAUAUCAUUAUUAGCACAUAUUUCUGAUAGUAUAGAAAUGAUGUGUAUGAAGAAGUCAUAGAAGCCCCGAAGUGCUUUGCUGAAGGCAAGAGCUGCUCAGUUUCAGGAAUUAAAUUGAACAUAAGCUCAUUAAUCUUCUGCCUCAAGGUAAUUUAUUUUCUUUUCUUGUGGAAGAAAAGGCAAAUCUGCUCUUUAGGUUUGUAGUAAUCAUGGAAUGUGGCUUUUCAAGGUGUCCAAGUAAGUGACUGUCUAGUACGUAGACCUCUAUUUCAUGUUUACAGAGGAUAAAUUUGUGGAAGGGCAUAUAAAAUUGAAUCCUUGCCUCAUGGCACAUGAUUUCAAUUGUCUUAUUUAUGUUAGAAAGAACCAAGCCUUCUCAGUA